GAAGGGGCCAAGUAAAGAUCUCGAGGAGUUGGGAUUUUCAAGUUUCAAGGUUCCUGAUUCCUGGAGAUGGCUAGUGUUCAAGAUCAAUUGGAGAUCAAGUUUAGAUUGACUGAUGGACCGGAUAUCGGUCCCAAAACCUUUCCUGCUGCCACCAGUGUUGCAACCUUGAAGGAAAGUGUUCUUGCACAAUGGCAUAAAGAGAAGGAGAAUGGUCCAAGGACAGUGAAAGAUCUCAAGUUAAUUAGUGCUGGAAAAAUAUUGGAGAACAACAGAGCACUGGGGGAGUGCCAAAGCCCACUUUGUGAUAUUCCUGACGCGUUGACGACGAUGCAUGUUGUCGUUCAACCUCCUUCAGAGAAAGCAGAAAAUAAGGCAACAAAUCAAGCACGGCAGAAAAAAUGUGUAUGUGUCAUAUUAUAAUCCACAGCUCGCCGAAAGCAUGACAUCAUUUUCAGAUGAGGAGUGCUGGAACUGGUAUUGAAGAUGAACUUGGAGACUUUUCCGAUCGACGAAGGUGGUCAGCAUCUUGCAGAUUUAUCAUAUAGGUCGUGUUUUUUGCUUCCAGAUUACACCUUAUUUGUUUAGCCGGUCACCAUCCAUCAUUUCCUUUCACUUUUCUCGUUUCAAGUUAUUGAAUCGCAGAUUUUGUCCAAUUUCGUUACAUCAAAUGCAUUUUUGUGUUUCUGGUUCGUCUUCCCUUGUAUAAUAUCGUAUUUUAUCUUGUAAUUGAACUCAUGUUGGCUGUUGUCAUACUUUUAACUGAUUAUAAAGAUUCAUGU